ACUCACAUGAUUAAAAAUAUCAAUGCACUCAGGCAGACACCUGGAAAGGCAGCAACUCUCACUGCCAGCAGCUAGCAUAGCUCACCCACAGCCAAAUCUGCUUCUUUCCCUUCUUCACUCCCAACUUCCCAAGUUCCCAACAGCCAAAAAAAUAAUCCUAUCCUAUUUAUCCAUCCCCUUCUUCCUCUUCCUUCCCCACCCAACCACACUACACACCAGCAAUCUAGCCAUGAAGGCACAAUUUAGAUCAGGUCUACCUUACAGGUACCUUCAGAGAUCAGCUUGCUAGCUGCUGCUCAAGCUCAGAUCGGUUCAGUGGUUCAUUUGUAACAAGGUUCAGUUCAAAUGGUCCAUUUCUUGCAAUGCAGCAGUAGUUCUCAAAUGCCACUGCUGCCUCUCUUCUUCCUCCUCCUACUCCUUGUCGCUUCCUUGGAGGUGCCACCUUCGGAUGCAAGGAGGUUGCCACUGAAGCUACUAGAGAUUGGCACCAGUAAGGAGGAGGAUGAAGCCAGCAGAGGAGGACUGGAGAUGGAAGGGAGGAGGAGGGGGCUGAUUGGGUCAAGGCCACCAAGGUGUGAGAGGGUGUGCAUGUCCUGUGGCCACUGUGAAGCUGUGCAAGUGCCCAUAGUACCACAGGAUCACAAUCACAAGCAGAGAAAGAGGGCUGGUCAAGAAGAGCAGAAGCACCAUGUGGUGAGUGAUGCUGCAGCCAUGUUCAGUGUCAACAUUCAUGGAGAUCUCUCCAACUACAAGCCUCUGAGCUGGAAGUGCCUGUGUGGAGGCAGCAUCCUUGAUCCAUGAACAGACUCAGUCUCAGAAUCACUUCACCAUUUUGUGCAAAAAUGUGUAAAUUAAAGACUCUAUCCCUCUUUUUUUGUCAUUAUUUAUUCUUUCUCCUCUUGUUCUUCCUAGCUAGGUAGCUACUUCCUCUCUUUUCAUUUCCUGAUCUAGACCGAUGAGGAGCUGAAGUGGGAGGAGGAAUAUGUGAGACUGGAGCUGCAAAUUUGUUGUACAUUUCGGCAGCAAUUUUGUGAUAAAAAAAGCAGUGCCUGAUUUCUGGCAUUGAAUACAGCA